GGCCGCAGCGGCGCCUGUCUCCCGCGGGGGUGCUGACUCUCGGCCGUCCUCGCAGCGCGGGAGAAAAGGCGGCGGCGCGGGGCAGGAAGGCGAAGAAGCCCGAGCCUGCUCGGCGGGGAGGUAGCGCUGCCCCCGCUGGUGGGGAAAAGGAAGAGGUUCGAGCCAGGCGCUGUGCUGGGCAGCCGUAUGCUAGGGGUCCUUCUUCCUCAGGCGCUGGCGGCGAGGCCCCCUCUCUCGUCGCCUGAGGAGAAGGAGGAGGAGGAGGGAGAAGCCGCCGCCACGACGACGGAGGCGACACUCGCCGGCUGAGGGAGUUUGUGAGAAGCACACGGAGCCGCCCUUCUUCGCCAUGGUGAGAGCGGCGGAGAAGCGGAGGGGGGAGGGCGGGGCGGGGUGGGGGGCUCCGCUGCCUCCGGGGCUCCUGACCGUGUUCUUCUCUUCUCUCUCCCCGCAGCCCGGCCCCAAUCCCAGCGCCACCAACGUGGGCGCCUCCGGCCGCUCGCCCAGCAAAGCCGUCGCCUCGCGGGCCCCGGGAUCCACCGUCAGGCAGAGGUAGGCCGGGAGGGCCGCCCGGAGCAGGAACGAUGACGUGUCGUCAUUAUUAUUAUUAUUAUUGCCAUUAAGGUUGUUGUGGGACUAAUAACGGUGUUGUUUACUGAAUUUGUUAGCCGCUUUCCCUUGCCCGGGGGGACGGCAGCCAAACCCCGCUUAAGGGAUUCAAGGGAAACCCCCCGAGGCGCAACGGAAGCGCCCAGGAAGUUUGAGGCUUACCCCAAAAUCCGCUGCUUAUUAUUGUCAUUAAUAUUAUUAAAUGUAUUAGUCACUUUUCCCCUCAGCUUCACAAAAGCCCUCCUUCCUGCCUGGAGUUAGUUGAAUUCCUUCACUAGCGGGUGGGCAUCGUUUUGUAUCUUGGGGGCUCUCUGCCAUUGAACUCUUUCCCCACACACCCACAACCCUACUUGUGGGAUUAACACAGAGCAGAGACUUAGAAACAGUUUCCGCUUCUAUCAAGUUUUUAAAAAACUUUUUAAACAUGUAUAUAUACAGCUGAAAGUAUGAUUGUGGUUAUCAAGCAAAUAUUAGACAGCUAAUUACAGUCACACGAAAGCCUCUUGUUGGGAGAACCUGUCAUAUUUGGUUACUGUUGCUGCAUUUCUGUUACUGGUUUUCUUUUUUAGGAAAAGUGCUAGCUGUGGAACAAGGAGUGCAGGCCGUACAACUUCUGCAGGCACUGGAGGGAUGUGGAGAUUUUAUACAGAGGAUUCCCCUGGCCUCAAAGUGUAAGUGAAAAUAUUAAAAUAUAGCAGUUCUUUAAGAAAAUCAUUCUUGUGUUCUCCCCAAUCUAUAGCUUAUUGUGAAGCAAUUGGAUGCAUACUAUCAUUCUUUGUAGUUACAUGGAGAAAGAACAAUUUUUGUAGUUGACAAAAUGUUGGUUUUGAAUUUUUUAAAAUCAAAUUAUCUUAUGUGGUGUGCGUGCAUAUAAACAUGUGUGCGCGCCUUAAUUUACUAAGUCAAGUAACACUAUGCUCUUGGGUAUUUGAUGUAUACUAUACUUAGCAGGCCUGAUUAGAUAUUAUGCUGUUUAACUACCCAUUGGAGUAACGUGAAGCUUUUAUGGUUCCCAAACCUUGUAGGUGAAAUAAUUACUUGAGGUUCAAGAAUUCUCUUCCAUUUGUAAAUUUGCAGUUGCUUUUGGGCAUGGCAAUGGUUAAUUAAGACUUAAAAGGCAUUUUUCUUCUUCUUCUGUUAGUUACUUGAUCUUCUGUUAAUGCAAAUCUUUUAGUCAAUAAAUGCUACUUUUUAAAUCCUUUAUUAAAAUUCCAUUUGAUAACUUUUUAAUUGGGUUGGAUAUGGGUAUCUCACAGUAUCUUUAAAUACUGUUUAUCGUCCACUAAUGGUGUUAAGAUGCACAUGAAAUAGCACCAGUGUUUUCCUUGAUUUCUGCUCCUCCAGAAGCUAAGUUGUAUAGGGCCAAAACAAUUCUAUGUGUAAAAACAGUCUUCUCUCCUUCCCUUUUGUAACCUACCAAUCUCCUCAUAUUUGAAUGGAUCUUGAGACCUGAUAUGGUAUAUUUCUGCACAAGUUUUAUUUAGUUGUUCUUGCACUAAGCUGGGAUUUUACUUUGUGGAAUUUGCAAACAGAGAACCAAACAAAGGUGAUACAAAUGGUGCAGUGUUCAUCGUAGGAACCCUCCAUUUAGUUAAUCUUGUGUUGAUAGAUAUAUCCUUCAUGACUUGGUCUAAUCUUUUCUUGAAGUAAUCUAAGCACAGCCACUACUGCAUUUUGUGGUAUUGAACUCUAAAAACAUUAUGAUUUUUAAAAACAUUGUUUGCUUGUUUAAAACUGCUUUUGUUAGCUUCCUUUGUACUGGAUAGAAAGGUAGGGUAACCAUUUUGUUAAAUAGCAUGUGAUUAUAUAGUUUUAGCUAAAAGCUAAUCUAUACCUAUUGCAGUGGAUAAUAAAUACAUCCCCUCCCUUCAUUUUCAGUGGUCCUGUUCCAGUUCUCGUUAUGAGUCUCCUCUUUAUUGCAUCUGUAUUCAUGUUGCACAUCUGGGGCAAAUACACUCGGUCAUAGACUUCACUGUAUCCCACCUGCCAACUUGAAAAUGACGAUUUGGACCAAAAGUAUGGUAGCUUUCAGAGUUUACUUGGAGUAAAGUCAUUUGAGCUGUUUCUCUAGAUAAAACUCUUGAUUUUUUCCUUAAUUGGUUUUGCUGUUGAAUGGACUCUUAAACUUUCUCUUAAGAAGGGUUUUUGAUUCCUUUCUGUCAAAGUUUAUUGCUAUUUCCUAUGUAUACUUUAAAGUGCAAAUUAUUUCAUUAAAAUUUGUCUACAUAAAUUAACUGCUUUUUUGGUCUUUCCCUCUAAAUGUAAUUUUGGUGGCAAUUAAAAAACACACAAAAAGCCAGAAACAUGUUUCCAAAGUUUCAUAUAAUAUAUACAUUUGAAUGAAUAAAGAAAAAAAGUGUGCUACAAGAAACUACAUUGCAGCAGAAGACUUGGCAAAGGCCAUCAAGAAAGAUAAACUCAUGAAACACCCGGGAUGGCCUUAUAGGCACAUUUUACAAGAAAUUGGUUGAUGUUUCCACAUCUGCUAUGUCUUUUUAAUCACCUUAAACUGUGGUCCAAUUCCCCAGUCGUGGAAAGAGUACUGUGUUCGAGUUCUUCUAAAGCCUGGAAAGAAUCCUGGAUCCCUUAUAGACUGCUCUUGCUCAUUGGCCAGGAUGCCAAAAUAAUCUCUAGCAUCCUGGCUGAUAGGUUAGCUCCUGUAUGAGGAGCGCUGGUGAAUUAAGACCAGACAUGAUUUGUGCAGAAUCACCAUAUAACAUAUCUCAUAAGGUACCUCUUUAGUAAUUCACUAUGUUAAACAAUCACGUCAAACACCUUUCGAAGAAUUAACAUCAUAACACCUUUAAAAGAAAGUUACAAGAAGGAGAUUCUGACAAAACAGCAGAAAGAACUUUAUGACAGACACUAAGAGCUGUUCAGCAGUGGGAUGGUCUCCCUCGGAAGGUGGUUUUUAAACAGGUUGGAUGGCCAUCUGCCAGGGAUUCUUUAACUCUGAUUCCUGCAUUGCAAGGAGUUGCAGUAGCUGACACUUUUAAUGCACUGAAAAUUCUGCACAUGCAUCUUGAACCUGUGCAUCUUAACAUGGAGAAAUGCACUAUUUCUUGCUUUGUAUGCAGAAAACAUGAAACAAGGGAGUGCAAGUCACAUCUGCAUCUCCUGUCAGCACUUGUUUGUAACUUCCAAAGCCGACCCAAGUAACACUGAGAUAUACCCAAAUUGUAGUGUGAGCUGCCAAUAUUCAGAAAACUGAGCUGGGUAAAUGACUGAUCCAAUAGCAUAUAAAAAUAUGCUUUGGCUGUAAUCUCAGUAAUACUGACUUGUAAGGCCAGUCAGUGUUUAUAUAGCUAUUUAAAAUAUACCACCCCUUCAUAACAAGUUUCAGGGCUGUGUACAGCUCAAGAGGUACAAACACACCACAAAUUAUCCUCAUAUUGGAGAUGAGGAGAAGAGGGUUGAGGAGGCUGAAAUGGAGUUAUCUACAGUAGGUACGAGAAGUUCAGCUUCAGUGCUUAAUACCAGGUGAUAAUCCUAAAAUGAAAGUGUUUGGUAUGCCCAGGCUGGGAAGCUAUGAAGUGCUCCUGAAUAGCUUGUGGAUUUCUAGACAUUGGAUGCUCUUGGCUGGGGCGGGGGCAGGACGGGACGGGACUGAAAGUUGUUAUUUAUUUAAAUCGAGUCAUGAUUGUAAGGGGAAAUGUCAAAAUAAGAUUGUGUGUCCUAAAAGUCAGAAAUGGUAAAACAUUUGGAAUCUCCAGAUUUAUUAUUUUAAAUAUGUGACUUGUACACAGUUGCGUGCAGUUUCUUAAUGUUUUGGCUUGGCAGUAGUUUGUGAUCAGCCCAGUUGGCUGGAAGACAGCUGGGGAGAAGAAAUUUGUCACAAUUCCCAACAUGUUAAUUGCUGUACUUUCCAAUUACCUUAACAAAAAUAUGCA